AUGCAGCGUGCCGAGCUGCGGGAGGGGGAGGCAGCGGCGGCCGCCGCGGCCUCCUACCGGGUGCUCAGCCGCCUGCUGGGCUAUGGGACCGGGCCGGAGGCGGGUGCGGCGGCGGCGCUUACCGGCGCGGCGGGCGCGGGGCCGUUGGGCCCCGGCGGUGGGCGGCUGCCGGCGACGGCGUUGCCGGGCGGCGGGGUUUUGCGAGGCCCGCGGCCGCCGCCGCAGCUGAUGGUGUUCCGCAACGCGGCGGAGGGGCGGCCCGGCGAGGAGGGCGGCCCGGCGGCGGGAGGCGGCGGUGGCGGUGGCGGGGGCCCGGCGGGCGGUGGCGGCGAGCUGCUCUGCCCGCGGCACCGCUGUGCCCUGGAGCCUAAGGCGGCGGCGAGGUGGGGGACCGCACCGCCGGGCGGGCUGGAGCUGCAGCUGGCGGCUGGGCUGCGGCCGCCCGGGCUGGGAGCGAAGGGCCGGCGGGCUGCCCCUGCCCCUGCCUCGGCCCGCCGCCGCCGCGCCACCGGGCCCGCCGCCGAGGAGACCAGCGACGCGCUGCUGGUGCUGGAGGCGCUGGAGCCCGACGAGGCCGGGAGCUGCUCCGAGGAGGAGCCGGGUUCCCCCGGUCGCGGAGCCGCCCGCGCCACCGGCAGAGGAGCCACCGGCCCCGCGCAGCCGCCCGCCGCCCCCGGGGGAGCUGGCGGCGCCAGGAAGGGCUCGCUGAAGAUCCGCCUCAGCCGCCUUUUCCGCACCAAGAGCUGCAGCGGCGGCUCGGCCACCGGGGACGCCGCCGCCGCCACCACCACCGAGGGCCGGCGCACCGGGGAGCUGCCCGCCUCGGCUGGCAGCCUGACCGACGUCUGCGGGGGCCGCGGCCAAGAGCAGGAGGCGGGCAGGAAACACAGACUGACAAGAACUCAAAGUGCCUUUUCCCCGGUUGUGUUCAGCCCCCUCUUCACAGGUGAAACAGUGUCACUAGUGGACGUGGACAUCUCGCAGCGAGGACUGACCUCCCCUCACCCUCCGACUCCACCACCUCCACCACGAAGAAGCCUCAGCCUGCUAGAUGAUAUCAGUGGGACGCUGCCUACAUCUGUCCUAGUGGGUCCAAUGGGCUCCUCCCUGCAGUCUUUCCCUCUGCCUCCGCCUCCUCCGCCCCAUGCCCCAGAUGCCUUCCCACGGAUUGUCCCGCUGAGGCCGAUGGAGGCGAUGCCCGGCCAGCCCGCCCCGCACCUGCAGUGUCCGCUUUACCGCCCAGACUCCAGCAGCUUCGCAGCCAGCUUGCGAGAGCUGGAGAAGUGCGGGUGGUACUGGGGACCGAUGAACUGGGAGGACGCAGAGAUGAAGCUGAAGGGGAAGCCGGAUGGGUCCUUUCUGGUCCGAGACAGUUCUGACCCCCGUUACAUCCUGAGUCUCAGCUUUCGGUCGCAGGGCAUCACCCAUCACACCAGGAUGGAGCACUACAGAGGGACCUUCAGCCUGUGGUGCCAUCCCAAGUUUGAAGACCGCUGCCAGUCUGUGGUGGAGUUCAUAAAGAGAGCAAUCAUGCACUCCAAAAACGGGAAGUUUCUCUACUUCCUCCGAUCCAGGGUUCCAGGUCUCCCUCCAACGCCUGUCCAGCUCCUGUAUCCAGUCUCCAGGUUCAGCAAUGUCAAAUCCCUUCAGCACCUUUGCCGCUUUCGGAUCAGGCAGUUGGUCCGAAUAGACCACAUCCCCGACCUCCCGCUGCCCAAGCCCCUGAUCUCCUACAUCCGCAAGUUCUACUACUACGACCCGCAGGAGGAGGUGUAUCUGUCGCUGAAGGAAGCUCAGCUCAUCUCCAAACAGAAGCAGGAGACCGAAUCCUCCACGUAGCGAGGCUGCCUCACCCAUCUUGUUGCUGUCACUGAUGGAAUUUGAUUGUUGCCAUCCUGUAGCCCAAAUCAGGCUGUGGUGGGAAAGAG